AAUGGAGCUUCCGCUACUGCUUCUUGCUUCACCCUGCUUAUCCCCAUUGACUAUCCAUUUUCUUCUCUCCCGUUUAAGCGCAUAGGGUAUUCUUAUUGUUAUCUUCAGGGCAUUAUUCACCGAGCGUAAAGCAUUGUGUUGCCGUGUUGUCAAGCUUGGAAAGUCUAAUGUCAACAAAGGGGACCUUGGGCCCCUAUGACGACAUACGUUCCAACAUUUUGGGCCUUUUUGGUGUUCGUCAGCAAAAGAAACAGACAGCAGCUCAACGUGCUCUCCAGAUCCUUUGUAAAUUUCAACAUGGUGUUUUGACAUGAUGUCUGUGAUGACCAGCUUUUAUCAAUGAAGAGGUGUGCAUACAGAUCACCGGUUCUCCCAGUGCUAGUAAAACGAACACCAAGUCUGGGGAUGGCGACUUCAUCUGCGGCCUCCACCCAUGGCAUCCCACUAGCAUGCGCAACCUGCUCCGUCGGUCGCCCUGAAACCGAUAGUUUACACCGACGGCUCGAAGCAAUUGCGUCGGCGGGAUUCUCAGCGAUUGAGCUCUCGUUUCCAGAUCUGCAAGCAUUUGCAUCGCAGCUUCUGAAAUAUGAAGUGAAGGAGGACAACUAUGAUGAAUUGUGCCAAGCUGCGAGAGAGGUGAAGGGAUUGUGCGAGGCACAUGGAUUGAAGUUAAUGAUGUUGCAGCCAUUUAGUAAUUUUGAAGGGUGGAAGAAAGGGUCGAAGGAGUGGGAGCAGUCUUGGGAGAAGGUGAAAGGCUGGGUGAGGAUUAUGCAGGCUUGUGGGACGGAUAUGUUGCAGGUCGGCUCCACAGACGCGCCGGAAGACAAGAUUUCCACAGAGCACGGAGAUAUAAUUCGUGACAUCCGUGAACUGUGCGACUUUCUCCAAGAGCACGGCAUGAGAGUUGCCUAUGAGAACCAAUGCUGGUCCACCCACGCUUCAACUUGGAAAGAAGCAUGGCACAUUGUACAGCAGGUUGAUCGACCGAACAUCGGUCUUUGCCUCGAUACGUUCCAGAUCGCAGGAAGUGAAUGGGCAAAUCCAUGCAGUAUAUCAGGAUGCACAGAGACAGAAAUCACCGUAGCGCAGAUGGAAGACGUCGACGAAGGCUGGAGCGAGACACUUGAAGAGCUAUCCAAGACGGUCCCCAAGGAGAAGAUCUAUCUGCUCCAGAUAUCAGAUGCGUAUCGGCCUAAGCAGCGGUUUGAAGGACGGGAAGUGGAAGGGAUGCGACCCCGGGCCAGAUGGAGCCAUGGGUACCGGCCGCUGCCGUACGAGGGAGGGUAUCUGCCGGUGGAGGACGUGGCGAGGGCGGUGCUGAGGACGGGCUUCCGCGGCGUCUUCUCCGUCGAAGUGUGCGACGCGACGGAAAGCCAGCGCGACCCGUUCGCGUUCGCCAAGAAAGCACGUGAUAAUGUAGUCAGAUUAAUAAGCAAUACCUGGGAGGCAUAGCGACCAAUAACGCAAGGGAGGUGGCUACGGUAGACGAGAGGAGCAGGGCUGGCAACUUCUCUCCCUUGAAGAAGUUUUUGCUGCGCUGGUCGGCACCGUGAUGUCGCUUCACGGGCAGCGGGCAUGUCGACAAGUAAUGGACCGUGCGGAUUGUCGGCCCGACGGGCAGGGAGAGACUUGUUCAAGGAUCUUACGACCGUGAGAAGAACUGCACAAGGCGUUCGAGGUUCGAUGGAAAACGGGGAAAAUUGAAAUGCGUGCCUCUUCGAAGAUGCCAGCGGUUAACUUAAGGAGUGGGGAUGGGUCCUUUUUUUCUUUUUUGCAUGCUAUAACUACAUCAAGAUAUUCGAGGGAGAAUAUAC